UUUUGAUCAGGUAUAUAACGCGGCGCUUUUGAAGUUUUUUUGCUAAACAGUUCAGAACUUCUGUGGUAGUAAGGCAUUAAACUCGUGUUAACAGACAUCUCAUGAUACUAUCUUACUGGAAUUAACUCACGGCAGGAUACUUUGGGUUAGAAAUCAACACAUAGGAUAACACUCCGUCAGAAAAAAACAUCCGAGAAUAAAAAUAGAGAAAUAUGGAAUUUACAAAAAGUAUCUUCGUUUUAAUAACAGUUUGCACAAUUUGCGUUUUAGCAGAAAGGAAAUAUGAAGUUAAACAUUUCACAGGGUGUCAGUCUGCCGGAUUGUGUUGCGAGCAAGUUAACAACACAUGUUAUGUACCAAAUUCGAGGAAAAUAGACCAAACGGUUGGAAAUUGUUUCUGCGAUAGCAAAUGCUUGCAAAUGAAAGAUUGUUGCGUGGAUUUCGAACAGACAUGUCAAGCCAAAGACUGUAUCAUGGGGGAGUGGAGUGAAUGGUCACAGUGCUCAAAUUCAUGUGGUCGAGGUCGCAAACACAGAAAGCGUGCCAUUAUUCAAGAGCGUGCAUUUGGUGGCAAAACGUGUCCAACAGCUACAAAAUCUAAAAAAUCGUGUUACGGGGAAUAUGGAUGUCUACAACAAAGUGUCGAGUAUUCAAGGGAAGAAAUGGCAGAGGUUGGAUACAUUAUGCCGGCAAAUUUCUCGAUCUACAGAGUCAGUAAACACUACAGUCCCCAGCAUGAUAUAAGAAAGAAUCUCUUCUUCAAAAACUUCCAGGAUAAUAUUAUUCCAAGAAAACCAGCGUACAGUGCCGUGUACAAAGUUACCCAUGUUGGAAGAGCCUGCCAGAGAUCUCCCUGGGCCAAUGUUCUACAGAAGCAUGCUGAGGUUUGUGUAGAAUGCCAACCUACCUCCAUGAACAAGAGGCUGGAACGCUGCACAGGACACGGCGUGUUCCACCAGGAAACUACUUGGAAAGCAAUUUCUGUGAGAAACUGUCACGGCAAAUGGAAGAUGAUUACCCAUCAUGACUUUAAAACAUGCAACCAUCAGGGAAACCAUGAUUUUGUUUUAGUAUAAUCAUGGUUAAUAGGAAGCUUGAUAGACUUUAUGAAAGCUGCUGUGAGAUUCAGAUUCUGCACAAAACUUUGUAAAUGAUAUUGAAUGAGCUUGUGUAAGACUCAGAUUGAUUUGUUUGCUGAUGUAAAUGUAGGAAUGUCUCUCAGACAGCUAAUUAUGUAUAGUUUGUUUGAUUAUACAGUAAUGACUGGGAGAAGGAAGCCUGUUUUCAUGCAGAUGUCAUUAUUACCUUUGUAUUUAUAGACACAAAAAUAGAUUUUGGUUUCUGGAGACUGAAAAAUGUGUUUUGCUUACUCAUAAAAAAAUGGCUUCCAUUUCCAAAUGUUUACUUUGAAAGAUUCUUUGCCAGGCACAGAAAACCUGCUUUAAAAAAUCAGCAUUGAUGCCAAAAAUUCUCAAAAGCCAGUAUUUUUCUUUGCCUCUGUUGCAUAUUCCAAAAAACUAAACCAAACCAGAAUGAAAAAAAACAACACUAUCAUGCAAUGCUGUUGUUAUGUAACUGAAGAAUAUGAAAAGCUGCAAUUAACACCAGAGUAUGGAUAAGACUUAAUAAAUAAAUAACAGAUGUUUGAGUUUUCUACCUGCCCCAGACCCUGUAUUAUAAAAAUUUGUAGACAAAAUAAAUGGGUGCAGUUUCAAAUAUGAUGCAGUUAUGAAAGUUUCUGGACAAUUUCUACGUUUACAAUUUUUUAAGAAUAUUUUUAGUAAUUAAAAGAUAAAAUAUGUUUGAUAAGUGUUAGAAGUAAUGUUGAUGUAUUAUUUGAAGUAUUUAUUAAUCACAUCCAUUCAGAUAGGACACACAAAAAUCUGUUCAUUUUGUUUUUUAUUGAAUAGAGUAAGUCAAAUUUAGUGUCCUUUUAGACAUAAAACUAUGUUAUUAUUUUUAUUACAUAAUAGAUAGAUAGAUUAUUUUAGAUGUCAAAAGACCUGUGUAAUGUGAAGGGCAUUAUGUUUGAAAUUUUAAGUAAGAACUUCCUACAAGAAUCAAAUGUGUGCGGAUGAUCUAUUAUGUUGAUUAAUCAACUUUUAUGGCCAUCAACACUAAAGUGACACAUUUAUGUCACUGACUGAUUCAUGGUAAAAAACUCCUCCCAAAGUACUGAAAUUACAUUUUAAUAUCACUAAUUACAUUUUUGUCACUGUAAACAAAUUGGAUUUAUGAAAUGGUGUUUUUUCAUGUAGUUUUGUCCUCUCACCCUUGUUUUUUAAGGCCAGUAAUAUUCAUGUAUGAUAUAAACUAUGAGAUAUAUAUGUAGGACGUUUCUCUUGUUUCUGUAUAAAUUUCUUUUACUAAAGGUCAAGGCCAAAUUUUGCCAGCCAAUAAAGCUCUGAGUAAUAUGAUAGGCUCAAUAGUGAAAUACAAGCAGCAAAAUAAUGGGCUUAAUAUACAAACUUUAAAAAACUUCAAAAUAAAUUGAUAAGGUGAGAUUUUAAUGUUAUGUCUUUACAAAUUUGUUGUGUAUAAUUUUAUAUUCAAGAAGAAACAACUUUCUUCUCAGCAAAUGCACUGUUUUAUUACUGCUAAAUAAAUACAGAGGGCUUGUUGUGCUUCCAUUUUGAUUUGAAACUUUCUAAUCAAACUCCAACAUAUUAUAUAAGCCUUUAGUCUGCUGGUUGUCAAUUGAGUCUACUUGUGUGACCAAUUCAGCAAAAGAUCAGCUUUACUCCACAUCCAUGCUGUCUGAUCAUGUACUGUUGUGUUGGCUUAUCAGUUGGUGCUUGUUUUGUAAAUUUCGCUUUGUAUCUUGAAUUGUUUCGUCAACGUUAUAAGAUUGACAUGUCCGUUUACAAUAUAUAGCGAUACUUAGCAUGGUGCCGGUUAAAUAGUUUCUGUAUCAUAAUGCAAGAAUCGAUUGGCCAACAGUAUAUCUUCAAACAACACAGAAGUAGAGCCUGACCUGACUUUAUCUUGUUGGUGUAUGCAAGUCAUUAUUCUAUAGUAUUCAAACAAUUAGAUUAAACAAUUUAUUGCAUUUAUCAUUCAUGUUAUUUCUUAGCUUUUAAAAAUCAUCUUUUGACAAUUGUUUUCUGAAAAUAAAAUGUGCCAUUAGUAGUGGUGAUAUUUAAUUGAAACAUUUCAGAAAUUUUUCCAUUUUAAGAGUAUUAAUUUUGUGCUUUUUAAAAAAAAACUAGAUUAUAAAAGUGUGGCACUCUUUAUUUACAAAGAAUUAUCAAACCUUAUUGAAAAUUAUGUAUAAAACAGCAGUUAAAUAUAAGCAUAACAUCGGUUGUUUUGAUAUCAUUUAAAGCAUUCUUGGUGCAGUAACAGGUUAACUCCCAUUAAAUUACAUAAGGAAUUAACCCGUUGAUGCACUAAGGUGACAAUAUAAGCCAUUUUGUACAUAAGCCUCCUCAUCAUUGUCAUAAUCUAAAAGCUGUUGUACUCACGUUUGUCUUUGUAUUAGAUUUGAUAUACCAAAAAACUUGUCUUUAAUAGAUUUGAUAUACCAAAAACUAUCACAUCAUUUCAACUUUCAUGAAAUUAAAAUUAUUUUGUAAUCACUUUGAUGAAAGAAUAAUACUUUUAUUGAUGAAGAUUGGCAAAUGCUAAGGAAAAUGAGAAAAGAACUUUCAUUAUCAUUGCAUAUGGACCUGAGUUAACGUUACAUAUGGAGUCUAGUAAUUAGUUGUCAUAACCAUAUGUUGCAUAUGGACUACAUAUGGACGCUUGUAAUCAUGCAUAUUGAUGUAGAACAAAAUUUUAAAACUUUUUGAAGAAAAAUGUUUUGACACAUUAAAAUAAAAUUACUAUAAAAAUGUAAACUUGCAUUUGAUUACUGUACUUUUUUUUGUGGUUAAAAUAUAUAAAAAACAUUUUAAAUUAGUAAAGCGACUACAUUAAGCAUAUUUAUGUCUUCAAAUUUAACUCUUGUUGUUUCUGUACAUAUAUCUAUGUUACUUGCACAUGUCAUGCAACAAUAUUUCAUCCUACAAAGAAUUCUUCAUAUAAAACAUCAUUAACAAAGUAUUCUUUGUUCGACUUUCUUCUUUGUACAUAAAUAUAUAUACAUGUAUAUAUAUAACUAUAAUUGUAUCAGGCCUGUCCAACCUCAGCUUUUAUAAUGUAGAUAACUCGUUUUUUUACAGCUUUACAAUUUUUACUAGUAUUUUAUAUGAAACAACUUUUUGAAGUUUUACAUUUUUAUGAAACUUUGUAUUUUUCAUUCUUACACGUAUUUUAAGAGCAAAACAAAUAAAACCCACCUUUUUGUCCAAAUUUUUUUUUGCUAUUUUUAAGCCAAAUUUUACUUGUAUGCAUGUAAUUGGUAUGCUAUAUAUUUAAAGUAUCAUUAGAAUCAGAAUUUAGAUUGUACAGUUAAAAGUGUCCAUGUUUUGAAUAAAAUAUAAUUAUACCUAC